AUGCAGUUCAAGCUUCUCAUCGUCUCUACCCUCGCUGCUUUCGCAGCUGCUGCUCCCCAGGUGGGUGGUGGCAACGAUGGCGACGUCACCGUUGGAUCUGCCGGCGAUGUCUGCGGACAGGACCUCGAGUUGAGCUGCUGCAAUAAGGGCAACACUGACGACCACUCCACCGACGUUGCCAGCGGUCUGCUCUCCGGCCUCGACAUUGCCGGUGACCUGCUCAAGGGCGCUGCUCUCUUCGAUGGCUGCUCCAAGCUCGACCUCGGCCUUGGCGCCGUUGCUGGUCUCGGUCUUACUGACCUCCUCAACCAGCAGUGCAAGCAGUCUGUUGCUUGCUGCCAGCACUCUGGCGGUGCUCCCCAGCAGGGUCUCAUCAACGCCCAGCUGCCCUGCGUCGCUGUUCCCCUGCUAUAA